UUUUUAUUCUUUACGGCUCAUUUUCCUCUCGUGUUUACGACUUGAUAUAAAGAUCCUAUACGGUUAUUUGAAUCAUGAGCUGCAUGAGUAGCACUACCGAAAGAGUUAUAUCAAGAUCGAUCCUAUCAACAAAGAGCUUUUCUUUGCGAACUUUCCUAGCUCCCUCGUCUCACCCAAGUUCCCAACUGUUUUCCUUCUUCUUUUUUCUUUUUUGGACAAAUCUGUCAUAUUUUGAACUUUUUAUACAGACGGUGUGUAUAUAUAACAAAUCUUCCUUCCAAAUUAUAUUUCCAUUUCCUUCUCUGUGGGGUACUGGGGGUGUUCAGUUCAUCUCGAUCCUUGUUCAUCACAGAAAACAUUGUUUUUAGAAUCAUUCCUCCUUCAACCUAAAAAGUUUGAAGUGAAAAUUGCAUGUUCCGGUUCGAUCCACGUCCAGAAGACUACCUUCCGGGAAAUAAGUGCUGAUGAUCUGGGUGUUGAGAUUUUCCUGUUUCUGGCGUUUAUGAAUCUUAAUCAUUCUAUUGGAGAACCAAUAGAGCAUAUUGAUCUUUUAAGCACUUGGGACAUUAUAUACCUUUGCAAAGAUCUUCCAGAAAUAUCAUCUUAUAUAUUCAUAAUUAAAUUAUUCUGAUGAUCCGUUUAUUUUCCUGUUCUAAACUAGUUUGUUUUCAUCAUGUUAUGCCAUGUUUGUUUUUUUUUGUCAGGCCUCAUAAAGAUCAAAAAAUGAUGCCAGGAAAUGGACAAUUGAGUGUUCCCCCAGGAUUCCGAUUCCACCCAACAGAUGAGGAGCUUCUCUACUAUUAUCUAAGGAAGAAGGUCUCAUACGAAGCCAUCGAUCUUGAUGUUAUCAGGGAAGUAGAUCUCAACAAACUCGAGCCUUGGGACCUCAAAGAGAAGUGUAGAAUUGGAUCAGGGCCGCAGAAUGAGUGGUAUUUUUUCAGCCACAAGGACAAGAAAUAUCCAACUGGAACUCGAACAAAUCGGGCAACCACAGCUGGGUUCUGGAAGGCAACGGGGAGGGACAAAGCCAUCCAUCUCAGCAAUGCCAGAAGCAUUGGCAUGAGGAAAACCCUUGUGUUCUACACAGGUCGUGCUCCCCACGGCCAAAAGACUGACUGGAUCAUGCAUGAAUACCGCCUUGAUGAUGAAAAUUCCCAGGUUCAGGAAGAUGGCUGGGUUGUCUGCAGAGUUUUCAAGAAGAAGAAUCACUGUCGAGUUUUCCAGCCAGAAAGUGCUCAAGAAGCUGAACAUUUCACUCAAAUGAAGGCAAGUGGUUCUGCCCCAGUACUACUAGAGCCAAAACAAACCCAUCUUCAACCACUAUAUGACUAUAAAUUUGAUGGACCAAUGCAUCUUCCACAGUUGUUCAGCCCAGAGUCAGCUUUUGCUCAGCCUUCCUUUAUAUCUCCCGCCUCUCUGAACACCAUGGACAUCCAGUGUUCUCAAAACUUGUUAAGGCUAACAGCAGGUGGCUGUGCCGGCUUUAUGCAGCAGGAGAGGUUUAAUGGCGACUGGUCAUUCUUGGACAAGCUCCUUGCUUCUCAUCAUCAGAGCAUGGAUCAUCAGCACCCUCAAAGCAAAUGCAACUCUUCAUCUCAUCAAGUUCCUGAUCACGUGGGUAGUACCUCAAGUACUAGUCAGAAAUUCCCAUUUCAAUACCUUGGUUGUGAGACUGACAUCUUGAAGUUUUCCAAGUAAAACCCUCAUGAAUUUUCUGUUCUAAGCUGUAUGGCAGACAUCUUUAUGAUCUUUGAUGAUCAGCAGCAUAAUCCAGUUAGAUAUUUGGUUGAGAUUCUAUGCCUUCUAGUUUAAAACUUUAAGUACUUCUCAUGAUCAUGGAAAAGUACUAUAUAUAAGUACUUUAAACUGUUAAGAACAAUUACUGAUCACGUACAAUAUAUAUUUAUUGUUUCUUUC